AACAGCAAAAUCAUGGAACGUUGGCAAAAUAAAAUCGCUGUGGUGACAGGAGCCAGUGCUGGCAUUGGCGCGGCCACCUGUAAGGCUCUCGCCGAAAAGGGUAUGAUUGUCGUCGGACUCGCAAGACGUGUUGAGAAGAUGGAAAGUCAAACAAGACCCUUAAUUGCCAGCGAAUAUCAAAAGAAUUUCCACACCUACAAAUGUGAUGUGUCAGAUGAGGAAAGUGUAAAGACGGCCUUUGCAUGGAUUGUUGAGAAAUUCGGCGGGGUAGAUGUUUUGGUCAACAAUGCAGGAAUUAUUAAAAUGGGUCGUCUUCUUGAUAUCGAUGAAUCAAUUCUAAAGGAUACCAUCAAUACCAAUGUUUUGGGUGUUGUUUGGUGUACCCGGGAGGCUUUCAAAAAUAUGAAAGAACGUAAUGUUGAUGGUCACAUUGUUAUCAUUAAUAGUGUUGUAGGUCAUGGUGUGCCUGCCACACCAGAUCCUAUGUUGAAUAUUUAUCCUCCUUCGAAACAUGCCAUAACCGCAAUGACGGAGGUUUUACGUCAAGAAUUGCUAAAGAAUGAAACUAAAAUUAAAAUUACGAGUAUCAGUCCCGGUGCUGUGCGUACAGAGAUUAUCGAUUUCCCUCCUGAAAUGCCAGCCUUGGCAAGUGAAGAUAUUGCUGAUGCCAUUGUCUAUUGUAUACAAACUCCACCAAAUGUUCAAAUUCACGAAAUGAUCAUUAAGCCCAUUGGAGAACAGAUCUAA